AUGGGUUCAGCUACAGCCAGCUAUCCAGCUGUUCCCAAGUCAGACGCGCCACUACGCAGGGUGAAGUCGUUUACUCGAGACACAACUUCCCCCACUUCUUCACGCAUGCGACUGGGAUGUGGUCUCAUGGCGUGCGUUCUGCUUAUACCUUUGUUCCUCUGGGCCACUUUCUCAAACUCCCCGUCAACAAUUCAAGACAUCACAACCACCGUCGUGACGUAUUCGAUUGGUUCAGAGGGUGGCGGUCCAACAGCACGCAUUGCAGCAGAGCAAUUGCAACCGCGCGCGGGCGUUCUUCAAAUCGAGGAGGUGGUCAGCCUAUCAGAGCCCCGGGGAGGUUUUCCAAAGCAGGCGGAUGUAUCUCAGGCCGAACAGGCGGUCGUGAAGCAGGAAACAGACGGUACGGACGAAUUCGCCGGCGACGUAGGAAGCUCUGCGAUGAAUGACGGCAACAAUUUGUCGGUCGGGGAAGCAUCGUCGCCGGCGCGAAAGGAGGAUGAAACGAAGGCCGUGGUGGAGGAGGAGUCAGAGAGCCCCUCGCUCUCGUUGGAUCAGAACGGGUCAGACGGCGAUAGGGGUAAGAAGCAGAAAUGGCAGGUGAAGGACGAGACCGAAUUGAACGAUCGCGAGCGGCACACAGCGGCGACGGCUCGCGGGACGGCGGCGCUGAAGACCAGUGGCGUGGCGGUAGCGGCGGCGGCAGAUCAGGUGCCGGCGGCGAAGCGCGAGUCGUACAUGGCCAUGAUGGCGGACCUCGUGACGCAGGUCGCCGCUGUGCUGCCGGACGCCACGCGGCGCGACAACGCACAGCUCGUCAAGCACGUGCGCGCUGCGCUAGAGCGCGCGGAGCCGCUGGUGGAGGCAUGGAAAAGCGCGCGGGCGUGGGGCGGCGAGGAGAAGGCGAUCGGGGUGAUCAAACUGCUGGAAUCCCUGAGGGCGCGCGCUCAGGAGUGGCGUAGCACGCUGACGCUGAUCGAACGGCUGAGAGGCGAGGUGGAUAAGAUGAAGACGAAGCUAAAAGCCGUGAGCAAGGAGCGCAACAAGCUGGACCUCGCUGCCGCCAAGGCGCUCCCUAAAGCGCUGCACUGCCUCAACCUCAGACUCGCCGUGGCGUAUGGCAGCAACGAGCACAUCAAGGAGGUCACAAGGGCGCGAGAGAGCAAGCAGGCGAGGAGGUUCGAGGACCCGUCGCUGUACCACUAUGCACUCUUCUCGGAUAACGUGCUCGCCGUGUCGGUCGUCGUCAACUCCACUCUGCAAAACGCCAAAAACCCAGAAAAGCAUGUGUUCCACGUGGUGACAGACGAGAUGAAUCUGCCAGCCAUGCGAGCGUGGUUCGCGCUGCACCCGCCAGGCAAGAUGGCUCUGGAGAUCAAGGCCGUGGAGCACUACUCGUUCCUCAACGCCUCCUACUGCCCCGUGCUGCAGCAACUGCAGGCAACAAGCCUCAAGGCCUUCUACUUCUCGCAGCAGGCAGCUGAAGACAAGAAGCACGUUUCUGGAGGGGCGUCCGCGGAGGCAACAGCAGGCCCAACGCAGCUAAAGUUCAAGAACCCCAAGUACCUCUCCAUGCUCAACCACCUGCGCUUCUACCUGCCCGAGAUGUACCCAACGCUCAACCGAGUGGUGUUCCUGGACGACGAUAUCGUGAUGCAGAGGGACCUUGCGCCGCUCUUCACACUGCCCCUGCACGGCAACGUGAACAGCGCUGUGUUCACGUGUGUGGGCGACUUCCACCGCCUCUUCAAGUACCUCAACUUUUCACACCCCUACAUCAAGGAACACUUCGACCCCAACGCCUGUGGCUGGGCGUACGGCAUGAACGUGUUUGACCUGCAGGCCUGGCGGCUCCACAACCUCACUGCUGUCUACCACAAGUACCAGACCAUGAAUGCGGACCGGUCGCUGUGGCAGCUGGGGACGCUGCCCCCGGGGCUCAUGACGUUCUACAACCGCACGCAGGCGCUGGACGCGCACUGGCAUGUGCUGGGCCUGGGGUACAACAAGGACGUGCCCUUAGAGGACGUGCAGAAGGCCGCUGUUGUGCACUACAAUGGCAACUGGGUGAGAUGGGCUCUUAAUCUCGUGCCAUGA